AUGUCCGACAACGCCCGCGUCAUGAAACCCCCAAAGAACAUGACAGAACUUGCUUCUAUAAGUCUUCCGAGUCUUGGCAUCUCUAACGAACCAGCAUCUGUAGGCACUGUCCGUGGUGCAACGUGA